UUUUGCAGCUGACAAAUUCUGGUGGUGGGAAGCUGAGGAAGAAGGAUGGCCAGGACCUCUGGCUAAUGAACACGUGUAAGCACCCAUGGGAGUGUGAUGUCCUCCUGCAUCUCAGGGUUCAUCUCCAUGCUCCUCCUGCACUCUCCCCAGCAUGUGGUGGCUUGUGAGACUGUCACACCCAGGAACUGAUUGUGCCCCCUGACAGUAUCUACACUGAUUUCUCUUCUGGACCCUACAUCAGACAGCACACAUCAACUACAUCAUGAGCACACCGUUACCAUCCUAUCUCAUUGCCAUCCGAGGGACCUCAGCCAUCAAUCACUGGCACAUGAUUGACAGACGGAGAAUGGGGCUUUGGGCUUUGGCAAUUCUGAUAGUUGCCAUGUAUUGGACAGUGACGGAGGGCAGAAGUACUGAUUCUCAGAUGAGUGGCAAACCAUCCUGGGGUCUGGAAAAUGAGGCUUUAAUUGUGAGAUGCCCCAAAAGAGGAGGCUUGAAUAAUCCUGUGGAAUGGUAUUACUCAGAUACAAAUGAAAGUAUUCCUACUCAAAAAAGAAAUCAGAUCUUUGUCUCAAGAGAUCGUCUGAAGUUUCUACCAGCCAGAGUGGAAGACUCUGGGCUUUAUGUUUGUGUUAUCAGAAGCCCAAACUUGAAUAAGACUGGAUACUUGAAUGUCACCAUACAUAAAAGGCCACCAAGCUGCAGCAUCCCUGAUUAUCUGAUGUACUCGACAGUACGUGGCUCCAAGAUAACAUGUCCAACAAUUGAUCUGUAUAAUUGGACAGCACCUGUUCAGUGGUUUAAGAACUGCAAAGCUCUCCAAGGACCAAGAUUCAGAGCACACAGGUCCUACUUGUUCAUCGACAAGGUGAGGCGUGAUGAUGAAGGUGACUACACAUGUCAAUUCACACACACGGAGAACGGAACCAACUACACCGUGACUGCCACCAGGUCAUUCACAGUUGAAGAAAAAGGCUUUUCUAAGUUUCCAGUAAUUACAAACCCUCCACACAACCAGACAAUGGAAGUGGAAAUAGGAAAAACAGCAAGCAUUGCCUGCUCAGCUUGCUUUGGCAAAGGCUCUCAGUUCUUGGCUGCUGUCCUUUGGCAGAUUAACAAAACAAGAGUCAGAAAUUUUGGUGAAGCAAGAAUUCAAGAAGAGGAAGGUCAAAAUAAAAGUUCCAGCAAUGACAUGGCUUGCUUAACCUCAGUGUUAAGGAUAACUGGUGUGACAGCUAACGACUUGUCCCUGGAAUAUGACUGCCUGGCUCUGAACUUUGAUGGCGUGAUAAGGCACACCAUAAGACUGAGAAGGAAACAACCAAUUGAUCUCCAAAGCAUCUACUACAUAGUUGCUGGAUGUAGUUUAUUGCUAAUGUUUAUCAACGUCUUGGUGAUAGUCUUAAAAGUGUUCUGGAUUGAGGUUGCUUUGUUCUGGAGAGAUAUAGUAACACCUUACAAAACCCAGAAUGAUGGCAAGCUAUACGAUGCUUAUGUCAUUUACCCCCGGGGCUUCCGGGGCAGUGCCGCAGGAGCCCGCUCUGUGGAGUACUUUGUUCACCACACCCUGCCUGAAGUUCUUGAAAAUAAAUGUGGCUACAAGUUAUGCAUUUACGGGAGAGACCUGCUGCCUGGGCAAGAUGCAGCCACCGUGGUGGAGAGCAGCAUCCAGAAUAGCAGAAGACAGGUGUUUGUCCUGGCCCCUCACAUGAUGCACAGCAAAGAGUUCGCCUAUGAACAGGAGAUCGCUCUGCACAGUGCCCUCAUCCAGAACAACUCCAAGGUGAUUCUUAUUGAAAUGGAGCCUCCAGGCGAGGCAAGCCAACUGCAGGUUGGGGACCUGCAAGAUUCUCUCCAGCAUCUCGUGAAAAUGCAGGGGACCAUCAAGUGGAGGGAAGACCAUGUGGCAGACAAGCAGUCUCUAAGAUCCAAAUUCUGGAAGCAUGUGAGGUACCAAAUGCCAGUGCCGAAAAGGCCCCCCAAGAUGGCGUCUGUUGUGACUCCGUUGAGUGACAAGGCAUGCUUAGACCUGAAACACUUUUGAGACAUGGACCUGCCUACCCAGAGCUGGAAAGUCCCAGUAGUGGGCACUGGAGUAAAAGUGUGAAGUCUUGAAAUACCAAGGGUGGGGGACCCAAGUCUCUGGUUUGUUUUCCUGGUUGUGGGAAGAGCCAUCCAUGUGUUGUUUCUGGUUUCCUUCGCCUACUUCACUCGUUUGUGGCACAAGAUCUAACCCUGAGCCUUUUCCCUUUCUUCCUUUUCUUUUAUUUCUGUGUUCCUUUUUUUUUUAAAAUACUGGUUAUCUUAUUUAUUUACAUUUCAAAUGUUAUCCCCCUUCCCAGUUUCCCCUCCACAAACCCCCAUCCCACUCUCCUCCCCCUGCUUCUAUGAGGGUGCUCCCCCAUUCGCCCGCCAACCCACCCUACGCUGGGGCAGCAAGCCUCCAGGAGACCCAGGGCCUCCCCUCUCAUUCAUCAAAUAUCUACAUUCUAAAUAUCAAGCUGACACUUUUAGAAUAAAGUUCUGGUUCAUCUCAGAGAUCAGGCUCAUUGACUGGGGCAGAGAGCGUUCAGUAAACCUCAUUCCUAAGGCACCAGAUUCUAUUUGUCAAUUACUGGAAUUUUGUCAAGUCAAUAUUGCCAGAUUUGGUAGAACACCUUAUCCAAAUUGCCAUUACAGUUGAACCUUUUUUGGUUCUAAAUGCCUUUUAUGUAUUUUUUUAUUCUUCUUACUUCCUCACUUUAAAAGUAAUAAAGAAAACAUAAAGUAUAAAAAAUAUGAUAAAAUAUAAAAAUAAUAGAAAGGAAAGGAAAUACAUUGAAAAUCACAGCUCUUAAGAUUAAUUUUGGUAAGUCUGAAUUUUAUAUACCUAUAACUUUUAUAGAUGAGAUUGUACAUUACAGAUUUGGCAUUUUUUCUAUUUACUACCAUAAUGAAAACUGGUGGCUGAUCUAUUUAACAUUUACAGAUGUUCCAAAUGUCUCAUCUUAGACCGGGUUGCAGACUCUGGCUGAAGCAGGCAGCAUGAGGAACUUGCCUGCCAUGCCCUGUCAGGACAUUUACCUACCUAUUGAAAUGUAUCUGUCACCAUGAGACAGCUUCCUUUGUGAUACUUCAAUGAAAUGUGUAGGGAAUUUUGACAGAACAGAAUUAAUCCGUAGUCAGUGGUCCUCUGCACAGUCUUCCAGGAGAACACAUAUACUGUGGGGUCCUAGGCACCAAGGGAACGGAUCCCAAGACAAGGCAAGUGUCUUACUGGUACCUUGAAUUUUGCCAACAGAUAUGAGUCCUGCCUUAGUUGAGUUCCUCAGUCAAUGAUGGGAUUCCAGGCUGAGGUGACAAUGAAAACAGAAUUUGGGAGACUCUUGAAAGGAGGGAAAUGUUGAACUCAUGGUCAACAUUCAAGGUUGCAGAGAAGCCACAUGUAGAAGUGUGUGUAGAGAAUGUGGGGUAGCCCAAUCUUCUGGGGACCAUGUGCUCUUAAUCUGUACCCUUACGCUGGGUUGCCAGGUAAACAUUUGCUAAUGUUCAGUUUAAAGGCUGAAGUUUUAGCUGAAGGUGAUCAGGAACUCAAACUUUCCUUCGCGUCCAUCCUGUGGUUGCAUGGUUUGCUAAAUCCACCGCCCCCUGUAGCAGAUGGCUGUGCUCUUCCGCUUCUGCAGUUUCAACUACUUUUGGCGAGCUGACAAAAACUGAUGGAUAAAGAGCACGCUGUGUGUGUAACUGUCUCGUGUCACAGGACGUGUAAUCAGGAGGGAAUCCUCGCUCCGGAUAACAGAAUCCUUGCUCUGUGGCUGUAAAGACAUUCCUUAGCAUUCUCAAAUAGCAGUUUUCUUAGGUUGGAUGAAACAUAGUACUGUGCUGGAUUCUUUUGCUAACAGAAAAUACAAGUAUUUGGAUUUCAGAAAUAACUCCAUAAGUGCUAAUGUUUGUGAUUAUGAGAUCUCAUCGUGAGCCAUGUGAAUUUGAGCCUGUGAUUGUUCUGAAUGAAGACCUUUAAAAAUGAAAUUCUCUCCAGUCUCAUCCCUGGGAGUCGAUCCUUUCUCAUGUCUUCUGCUGAACCCACUGAAAAUGACCAAAGAGAAUUAUUAUUUGCUCCCUUCCAAGACUCUUGACACUUCUAAACUAUUUGCAUGUAAUUGAGCUGGGCAGUAUGACCCACAUCUUUAAUCCCAGCACUUGGGAGGCAGAGGCAGGUGGAUCUCUGUGAGUUCAAGGCCAGCCUGAUUUAUAGAGUGAGUUCCAGGACACCAGAGCUACACAAAGAAACCCUGUCUCAAAAAUCCAGGAGAAAAAGAAGAGAAGGAGGAGGAAAGGAAGGAAGGAAGGAAGGAAGGAAGGAAGGAAGGAAGGAAGGAAGGAAGGAAGAAGAAAGGGAAGAAAUGAUUGAUUUUUCUGUAAUGAACUAGUAUCUGAUGAUUUUGCUAAACUCAAAAUAUUAGUUUUCUUUUAUUGUUUUGAAAGCUUCAGAGUGUGACCUGUGUAAAAACGUCUUCUGUGGCCUUUCCCCCGUUUCUACUCCCUGCCCCACUAUUUCUUCAAAGUGCUUGUCAAGUAGAGCUGGCAUUAUUGGUUACUAGUCACAGGAUAACAAACCGUUUCUCCUUGUUGCUGCUUAUAGACAUCCCUGUAUUAGAAUAGGACGGGAAUGAGCCUUUCUACUGUCCAGUUUGUGAGUUGUGGUAGAAAGAGUGUUGAAGUUUGUUAAAUACUUGCUUUCCAGGAAUCCCAGCCAUGUUAUGCCUUUUUCUAUUUGUUAUUAUAUGGUGAAUUAUUUUUCACUGGGCAAAAAUAAUUGUGCCUGAGUGUUUUAGUGUUUUCUUCACAUGUGUUUGAAGAGUUCUAGCUUCUUAUAAAAAUUUAGAAAUACUC